CCAGCCGGAAGUGUCCUGCAGCGCCUCUAAUGGCCGGAGAGUUGUAUUACAUGUACACACCGAGGGGCGCAAAAACUGCGGCAUGGAGGGUCGUGACAGUAAGGAGCCGGAGCAGCUCAGGAAGCUGUUUAUUGGUGGACUCAGUUUUGAGACCACGGAGGACAGUUUGCGAGCUCACUUUGAGCAAUGGGGCAAGCUCACUGACUGUGUGGUCAUGAGAGAUCCAGUUAACAAGCGCUCACGAGGUUUUGGCUUCGUGACGUAUUCCUGCGUAGCGGAGGUUGAUGCUGCCAUGGCGGCGCGGCCACACAAAGUGGACGGUCGGGUCGUUGAGCCCAAACGGGCCGUUUCCAGAGAGGACUCUAAUAAACCUGGAGCCCACCUGACAGUGAAGAAGAUCUUUGUGGGUGGAAUAAAGGAGGACACAGAGGAGUAUCAUAUCAGGGAGUACUUCGAGCCCUAUGGGAAGAUCGAGACUAUCGAUAUAAUGGAGGAGCGUUCAACUGGGAAAAAGAGAGGGUUCUGCUUCGUCACCUUUGAUGAUCAUGAUACUGUGGAUAAAAUUGUUGCGCAAAAAUAUCACACAAUCAACUCGCAUAACUGUGAAGUAAGAAAAGCCCUACCAAAGCAGGAGAUGCAAGCGGUUUCUAAUCAAAGAUAUCGCGGCGGAGGAGGAAGUGGAGGUAAUUUCAUGGGCAGAGGAGGAGGAGGAGGAGGAGGAAACUUUGGAGGUGGCGACUUCGGCCGAGGAGGGUAUGGAGGAGGCCGGGGUGGCUAUGGAGGAGAUGGAUACAACGGAUUUGGUGGUAACUACGGCGGGGGUCCCGGCUACGGAGGGGGUCGUGAGGGGUACGGUGGAGGACCUGGAUACGGUAACCAAGGCGGAGGAGGCUUUGGUGGAUAUGAUAACUACAGCGACGGAGGAAAUUUUGGAGGUAACCUCGGUGGUGGUUGUGGUGGAGGUGGUGGCGGAGGAGGAGGAAAUUACAACGAUUUCGGGAAUUACGCAGGACAGCAGUCUAACUACGGCCCCAUGAAGGGAAACAACUUUGGAGGAAGAAACUCAGGACCUUACGGAGGUGGAUACGGCUCUGGCGGCGGCGGCGGGGGCUAUGGGUCCAGGAGAUAUUAACAGAUGGGUUUGUCUGUGAUGGGAAAAGCAGCGGCUGAUCUACAGGCAGAGAUCCGAAAGGGAAGCGAUAGCACGGUGUGCUAGUUACAGAUAAAUGUCUCUGAUGCACGAAAUAGAGGAGGUCCAAACUGAUCACAGUGAUAACAGCAGCAGGGUGUGAAAUGAAAAAAAAUUACAAAAUACAAAAAUACUUCAAUAUCAGGGUGAUCAUAUUUAAAUCAAUCGAUUUGAGAGUUACAGAGGUGUAUCACUUUCCUAAGCAAUCUAACACAGGCUUCCAUAUUUUCCAAAAAAUAAUUCUGCGAAAAUGUGAAAAGAUCGCCUGGCAGCACACGUUAGAAUUUGUUGUCUGUGCACAUUCUUGCUGAAUCUUCACAUCUCUGAUACUAUUUUUGUGAUAUCAGAUACUUGACGGCAACAACCGUGAAGGUUACAUUUUGUCAUCAUUAAACGCAUUAAUUCUGGAUGUUCAUAACAUGACCGGUUCUAACUAGAUAUACUCUUUAGCAGCUUUUUUUUUUUUUUUUUUUGUGGAGGAUGUUCAUUCAGGGGUAAAUCCAUGUAUAUUUACACAUUUUAGUCACUAAACAUCACUCUUGAUGUCAGAAUGAAUAAGUGAUAGCACUGCCAAAAUGUUGAUUUUGUUAAUAAAAACAUUUAAACCCCC